CUCUUGAAGCAACAUCUGUGUACACUACCGGGACUUACAGUUCUUUCGUGUCCUCUUAAACGAGCUCUUUUAAAGCAUUCUCAUCCGUGUGCCGCUGACUUGCUGUAGAAGAUCUACACUCUGAAAAGCGCCAUCCCCUUCACAUUAAAACGUAGGAAGAGUCAAAGAUGCUGCACAUUAAACAGGAGGCGGAGCCAGAGACUCCCUACUUGAAAGCAGAACAGGAAAAUGAAAUCACGUUUCCGAUGACUGUCAGUGUGAAGAGUGAAGAAGAUGAAGGUCCAACAGAAGAGAGUGUAGCAGCGAGACCUUCGAGCGACAGCUCUUUUGAGCAUCUGACAACACAAGGAGUGGGACGAUCACAACCGGACGGCCUCUUAGCUCCGCUUUCGGACAGCGACGAAGUAACGUCACACUGUUCUGACUUUAAUACUGAUGAGGAGGAUGAUGACUCUGAUCAAAAUGCUUCAAAAUCCUUCAAGUCAUCGUUCAAAAGAGACACAAAAGAAUGUGCGGUUAAGAAACCUUUUUCCUGCUCACUUUGUGAUAAAACAUUUUCUUGGAAACAAAGCUUAAAAGCACACACGCGUACACACACAAGGAAGGAUCCUUUUAUCUGCACAUGUUGUGGUAAAACAUUCACCGAGAAGGGAAAUUUAAAGAGACACGCAACCACACACAUUGGAGAGAAACAGUUUGCCUGCUCACUUUGUGGUAAAACAUUUUUUCAGAAAGGAAAUUUAGUAUCACACGAAAGAAGCCACACUGCGGAAAAACCUUUUGUCUGCAGAUUUUGUGGUAAAAAAUUCACCCAAAAGGGAAAUUUAUACAAACACACGCGCGCACACACUGGAGAGAAGCCUUUUGCCUGCUCCUUGUGUGAGAAAAGAUUUAGUCUGAAGCAACAUUUGACAAGACACAUGCUUGUACACUCUGGAGAGAAACCUUUUGUCUGCGCAUGUUGUGGUGAAAAAUUCACCCAGAAGGAAAGUUUAAACAAACACACGAGCAGACACACUGGAGAGAAGCCUUUCGCCUGCACACUUUGCGAUAAAACAUUUUCUCAGAAGACUUAUUUAGAAAAGCAUAACCGUGCACACACUGGAGAAAAGCCUUUCGUCUGCACAUGUUGUGGUAAACGAUUCACUGAGAAGGGAAAUUUAAACAGACACGCAAGCACACACACUGGAGAGAAACGUUUUGCCUGCACACUUUGUGGUAAAAGAUUCGCUCAGAAAGCAAAUUUAGCAUCCCAUGUUAGAAGCCACACUGGGGAAAAACCUUCAAAUUGCAGUGCGUGACAAAAUAUUCUGCAUUUAAGAGUGGGAAAAACAUUUCAAUUUCCUUAUUCAGUUUACCUUGAGCCUCUGUCUUUCUGUUGAGAUUGUACCAUAACUUGCCUACUGCUUUUCGCUAUUUUACUUCUGAAUAGUAGCAUUUGAAAUCCAUAUCUACUGUAAUUUCUGGACUAUUGGGAGCCCCUGAUUACAAGCCUCACCAAGUACAUUUUUAAAGGAAAAACCAUUUUGUUCAUACAUAAGCGUCUCCUGUCUAUAAGCUGCGUGUGCCCACAUAGUAACAUGAGAAAUUUACAAAGAAAUACAGUUUUCUAAAUUUUAAUAACAUACCUUAACUUUUCUUUCCAAACGGCGGCAGCAACCCGGCACUUAUAGCAGCAACACAGAGCACAGCACUAACCGGGCUGGUUAUUAGAAACAUGAAAUUUUUUUUCGCCAUCUUCAUCUUCUUCCUGUGCACUGAAACUAUGGAAGUCUUCACCCUCAGUGUCGGAUUUGAAUAGGCUCAGAUACACUUCGCCACGCACCUUCUGUCUCUCUUUCGUUGUCGCUUUCAAUGUCUUUCAUAGUGAGGCAAAUUCACUCCUGAGCUUGUGCCGUCCUCUUCGUCACGUAGCAGACCGACUGUUCGAAACCCGUUGGUGAUGGUGGAUUUUUUUCACACUGCUCUUCCCUGUCAAGAUUCACUGGCAGACUUGAGCAAAAGUUGCUUUUCGCAUGCGGCCUGUUUUGGUAAACGAUCUCUUGCCGCUGGCCAUCCAAUCCUUCCAUUCAACUCUGAGUACCACUUUAAAUGCACAUUUCACACUAAUGUCAAGUUGCCAGUGCAUUUUUUCUAGCAUUUUCCAUGAUGUAGGUCUGCUAACUUUACUUAUGCACAAAGAUGAGGGUCUGCUACUUUUAUUCAUGCACAGAGCACAAAGUUAAAUUACCGGUUGACGCAAUAAUUUUGACAGCCCUAAUUGUGAUCCGUUUUUAGAGGUCUUCUCUGUUCUAUAUAAAAAUCAACUUUAGCGUGUUACCUGCGGACAUAGCCAAUGUGUAUUUAUUUUGAAUUCAUUAAUUUGUUUUUUGUGAACAUUAAUGUAUUAAUUUUAGGGCUGUCAAACUUAUCGCGGUAAUUAAUUUUUUUAAUUAGUCACGUUAAGACAUUUGACGCAAUUAACGCACAUGCCCCACUCAAACAGAUUAAAAUGACAGCACAGUGUCAUGUGCACUUAUUACUUGUGUUUUUUUGGUGUUUUUUCGCCCUCUGCUGGCGUUUGGGGGCGACUGAUUUUAUAGGUUUUAGCACUAUGAGCAUUGUGUAAUUAUUGACAUCAACAAUGGCGAGCUACUAGCUUAUUUUUUGACUGAAAAUUUUACAAAUUUUAUUAAAACGAAAACAUUAAGAGGGGUUUUAAUAUAAAAUUUCUGUAACUUAUACUAACAUUUGUCUUUUAAGAACUACAAGUCUUUCUAUCCAUGGAUCGCUUUAACAGAAUAUUAAUGCCAUCUUGAUUUAUUGUUAUAAUAAACAAAUACAGUACUUAUGUACAGUAUGUUGAAUGUAUAUAUCCGUCUUGUGUCUUAUCUUUUCAUUCCAACAAUAAUCUACAGAAAAAUAUGGCAUA